UCUGCAUCUUGUAUUUACAGAUUUUUAAGAAAGAAUGAGUUUCAAUAAAAUAGUUUUUCGUGGUUCUGCUAAAUUUUUGCUUCCUUUUACUCAAACAUGGAAAUUGCAACAUUCUUGCAGUACAAAUUUUCAAACAAGGAUUAUUUUGCAACAUUCUUACAGUACAAAUUUUCAAACAAGAGAUGUUACUUUGGAUUAUGACCUUUACAACCAGACGAUAUCAAAUCUAGAUCCAAUUAUUGUUUCUCAUGGGUUGUUUGGUUCUAAAAAAAACUGGCGUUCUUUGUGUAAAAGAAUAAAUGAGUUAACUGGUAGAAUGGUUGUUGCUUUUGAUUCUGUGAAUCAUGGGUCUAGUUCACACCAUUCUGAUAUGAGCUUUGAAGCAAUGGCGUAUGACCUACAAAAUUUACUGAAAAAACUGCAAAUAAAGAAAUCAAUACUUGUUGGACAUAGUAUGGGAGGUAUGUUAGUCAUGACAGCAGCACUUAUGAAUCCAAGUGAUUUUAGUAAAUUAGUUGUUGUUGAUGUUGCUCCCACUGGUCCAAAAUCUUUAAAAGAGAUAUUAAAAUACAUGAAUGCUAUGAGCAACAUUGAUCUACUCUCCAUGAAAAAAAGAAAAGAAAUCGAAGAAGAGUUAGGAAAGAGUGUAGAGUCUAAGCAAGUGCUACAGUUUUUGAUGGGUAAUCUUGAUUUCAGUCAAGGUCAGUUUACCUGGAAAUGUAAUUUACCAGCACUCAUUCAAACUUAUUCGACAAAAAGGUCAUUUCCUGAAUUUCGCGAUGAUGUCACAUUUUCAAAACCGACGUUAUUUAUUGCUGGAGGUCUUUCUCAAUAUAUCACAGAAGAAGACUAUCCUUUAAUUAAAAAAAGAUUUCCCAACUCGUCUAUUCAACGAGUUCCUGAUGCUGGACACUGGGUCCAUGCUGAUAAACCUACUGAUUUUUUGAAUUUAUUAACUAAAUUUGUUGCAUAAUUCCAAAACUUGGUUUAUUGUGUAAUUGUUUUCAACAUUUUGAUAAAUUAAGAUAAAAUGACAAAAAUUAAGAAUGGCAGUGCAAAGUUGA